AUGGACAUCAUCAUCGUGGGCGCCGGGAUUGCCGGCCUCGGCGCCGGAGUCGGUCUGCGCCGGGCAGGCCACCGAGUGACGAUCCUCGAGCAGUCGUCGCUGCUGCACGAAGUGGGAGCGGCCAUCACCAUCAAGCCCAACGCGUCGCGGGUGCUGCAGUCGUGGGACUUUGUGCCGGAGCAGUCGGGCAUGGUGGCCAUCCGCAAUGGCAGCCUCAUCGAUGGCACCAACAUGGACGUGCUCGUGCCCAACUACUACAAGGACUGCGAGUCGACCUGGGGCCUGCCCAUGUACGCCGUCCACCGCGAGGACCUGCACACGCAGCUGCGCCGCCUCGCCACCCAGCAGGAGGGCCCCGGCUGCCCCUGCGACGUGCGCGUGCGGUCCAAGGUCGUCAGCUAUGACGCCAAGCACGCCCGGGUCACGACCGAAGGCGGCGACGUGCUGCAGGCGGACCUCGUGAUUGCCGCCGACGGCGUGCACUCGACGGCGGUGCAGCACGUGCUGGGCGACGACGUGGUGUCGGCCGGCGACACGGGCUGGGCGUGCAUGCGGUGGCUGGUGCCGCGCGACGACUUCCUCGCCGACCCCGAGACGGCCGCCAUGGUCCAGGACUCGGCCACGCGCUACUACACGGCCGCCGGGGGCGUCGCCGGCCUGGUGUGGUAUCCCUGCCGCAACAACGAGGUGCAAAAUUUUCUCUACCUCUCGCGCGAGUUCGACACGUCCCACGUUGGAGAAGAUUUCAGAGCCAUGGUCGAUCCAAGCAUGCCGCUGGAGUAUGCUAAGAAGCACUUUUGCCCGGCUCUGCAGACCGCCGUCAAAAAAGCGAGAGACGUAAAGUUCUGGAAACUGGUGGCAAGAGGGCCGAUCUCGAGGUGGCACAAAGACCGACUUCUCCUGAUCGGCGACGCGGCCCAUCCCAUGCUCACCUUCCAGGGACAGGGCGGCGGGCAAGCCAUCGAGGACGGGGCCGCGCUGGGGAUCCUGUUCGACCAGGUGCGCGACCCGGCGGCCAUCGAGGACCGGCUACAGCGGUUCGAGCAGGUGCGGCGCAACCGCGGCUCGGCGCUGCAGGUGCUGUCCAAUACCAACCCGCCCGUGCCCCAGAGCGUGCGCGACGCCGCCGCUAAGUACCUCCCCGCCGGCAGCAGGCUCGACUCGACCGACGACGUCAACGAGUACGUCUUUUCGUUCGACGUCUUGGCCGAGUCCAAGGCCGCGCUGGCCACUGCCUAA